AUGGGCCAUUCAGGAUCCAGGCACAAACCUGAAGCACAAAUCCUCCUCCUAGGGCUCGACGGAGCUGGAAAAUCAACACUUCUUUACAAACUGAAGUACAAUGAGGACUUCCACACGGUUCCUACAGUUGGAUUCAAUGUUGAAAUGAUUGAAGCGAAGAAGAACAGGGACAAAAUCACGCUGACCAUAUGGGACGUUGGAGGGCAGAUUAAGAUGCGAGCGCACUGGAGGAAUUUUUACCAAGACACAGCUGGAAUUGUGUUCGUCGUGGACUCUUCUGAUAUUAAGCGUCUGGACGAGGCCAAGAGCGUGCUGGAACAGACCUUAAAGGGUGACCACCUCAGGGGACUCCCGGUGGUGGUUCUUGCCAACAAGCAAGAUAUUGUAGGAGCUGCAAUGGUAACAGAGAUCACAGAGCAGUUUAACCUGAUAAAGAGUUGCAGUGACCGAGACUGGUUCAUUCAGCCGUGUUCGGCGCUGACUGGAGCAGGUCUGGUGGACGGCUUUAGACGAGUGGCACACCUGGUGAAAAUGACACCUGAGGACAAUAACAUCAAAGAGACCGUGAAGUAUAUAAGAUCAAAAUCGGUUAUGUCAUUAAAGAAAUAG